CAUCGACAGAUAGAACCUGUGUUUAUUGUUACUGACAGCAGUAACUCGUCAUCAGAGCUCCGCCCUCUGAUUCGACUUUGCUCAUGCCAAAAUGGCGGAAAUUGUGUGGAGGACAACGAUGUUCAGCGGCAACUGGACAGCGGUGUAUUUUUUUUUGUUUUAUCAUGCGCAUGUCCCGUAGGACUCACAGGAGAUUUUUGUGAAAGCGAUGUCGAUGCCUGCGUAGAAUACAAUGAUCCCUGUUUCCCUGGAGUUAUCUGCAACAAUGUUCCUCUAUCUAUCGAUAAAAAUGGGUACACGUGUGGUCCAUGUCCGUUUUUUUAUCAUGGUGAUGGAGCUAACUGCAUUGAUAAUGACGAGUGUCUGGAUCACGUGAGCAAAUGCAGCCAAUCAUGUAUUAAUAUUCCAGGUUCAUAUGUGUGUGAAUGUAAUCCAGGAUAUAAACUGGACAAAGACGGUUUCGGUUGUAAUGAUAUCAAUGAGUGUGUAGAUGCCAAUGACUGCAUGCAAAGAUGUACUAACUACCCCGGUGGACGAAAUUGUUCUUGCUUCGAGGGAUUCCAGAUUAGCCAGACUGAUGAUACAGCUUGUACACCAAUUGCAAGCUGCAAUGUUUCGCAAGCAGGCUGCCAGCAGGUUUGUGUGGAGGAACAAGGAAAACCGAAGUGUUCGUGUCAUAAGGGUUACCAACUAAAAGGAGACAGUAAAACAUGCUCUGAUAUCGAUGAGUGCAGCACACAUAGACACAGAUGUUCACAGAACUGUUUUUUUAACGAAGGAAGUUACACCUGCUCCUGUGCUGGAGGCUAUAACCUGGAAUCAGACUAUCGGACCUGCAGUGAUAUUGACGAAUGUGGUUUGAUAGACGUGGUGUACUGUGCUAAUCCCUUGGAGUUUUGUAUUAACACAAUAGGAUCCUUCUACUGUGAAUGUCAACAGGGCUACCAACGUAUAAACAACACUUGCGAAGAAAUUUAUCCAAAAACGGGAAAACUUUUUUUCACAGAAAGCCCAGCCACGAAUCCUGGCAUAACUGAUCAGGCCCUAGAGGAAGCCUCCGACAAUGCUGUUGUCAUGACAAUAAGAAAUACAGACAUAUCGGAGGUUUUUUUUAUCUAUUAUUUGGUGUUGAUCACGAUUUCCCUUCAAUGCUAUUGUAAUAGAUGGGUUUUCGAGGUGUUUAGGGCAAAAAAUGGAAUUUCUCAGUUGUUUGAAGAUAUCGUUUCCCAGGUUGUUGUUAAAUAUUGCCAAGAGGACGAUAACGAAAACUGCCGUCAUUCUAAACUGAGGAAAAGGUCGAUCAGCGCAGGAAUCCUAGAUUUUUUUUUACACAUGUUGAAGAAUUACCCACAGCAAGAAAUCAAGAAAGCUACCUCAUGA